UUAAUGAGAGACAUCUACUACAACAAGUAGAACUCUACCACUAACGAAAGGGUAUUAGGACGCAGUCAUGAUCGAAAAGUGAUGCGUGAGAAUCUGAAGGCAGGUUUUCACCUACACAGAGAAAUGACAGAGAAGAAGCAAGCGCAGAAAUUCAAUCGCUCCCAGGCAGCAGCGUGGGAAGCCGCUGCCUCGUCCCCUAGAACAUCCGGCGGAGGUCCUUCUAGUUCUACUCUUCUCUCCAAAUCUUCCAAGCCAAGAAGUCCAGCCCAAAACUCUGAAGGCCUUCAGGUUGUUCCUUUAGUCGUCCCGAAUGCAGGGACGCUAUAUGCCGCUAUCGGCUCUCACUACCAAGUCUUUUAUCGUUAUGGCUAGCGCUCGAGCAUGAUCCUCAGUGUCGUCUUUGGCUCUUUCUCUACUUCAUGAAAAAGAGACCAACGAUCAUCCACGACUCAGGGAUGCUAGCGCGGCACUCGCUUUAAUUUCGUUACGUCAUCGAGCGAUUGGUGGACAAGGUAGGAAAUGCCAAUUUGUCGCGAAUUGCCGGUCGUCCCUCAUCUGUGGAGCAAAAUACUGCGAGGAUCGCGAUCAGGGUUAAGAAGGGCAUUGCUCGCCGACUCGGAUUGUAUCUCAUCUCUCAACAGACCGGUGUCCCCUUAAUUAAGGCUCAACAGACUUCAGUGGUCACUGAGAGGAGUCACUGACACCUCCGAAGAGGAGACGGACCCUCUGAAGAGAGAAGGAACAGAGUCAGGGGAAAACAAGGGAAAAGUUGACUGUGAGUGUGAGAGCGGUUGAACUAUAAUGUUGAGUCUUGUCGAUUUCGUCCCUGCAGAAAGAGUGACCACUGACUGCCGAUCUCUAACUUACAGGAAUUGGAAAAAUACAGUCUGUUGCGCGAAAAUCCGGCCAUGGAGGAAAGAACCAAGGAAGAAAUAGAAGUUGAUGAGGCACUUACCGAACAUGUGAGACUUCUCCCACAGUACAAGCUGCCAUAUUAUGAACCACUGAUGCCCCAAAAUUUUUGGGAUUUCAGACCACAGCUCUUCGAUGAUAUGGGUGCCUUAGUUUUUCG